AUGAGCUCGUUAUCAACCCCGAACCUCCCGUCGAUAUUCUCCGGAAACGAUGUACCAACCGAGGAAUCAUCUGUGGACAAGGAGGAAGCCGGGGACAAAAAACAGCAUAAUGAGUUCCUGAGCGUCGUUUGCCCGCCGCUACCUGGCCCGGCAUCUGCAUAUGAAGGGUAUCGGCCUCCAUACCCUAUAUCCAAGGAAGGGAAUGCUGUGAAUACCCUGUUUCUCCAGGACAAUUGUACCCAGGAAGAAUACGGCGGCUCUCGAUUCGUCAGCUUUGUACUAGACGAUUAUACGAUAUACAAUCGCACAGGUGGGAACGGGAGACGGACUGGUAUGGUGCCGCUUAAUGAUGUUGCGAACAAGGAGGGCGGCUCAAUAUUCUUCUUUGACGGUAUAAUCAGGCCCGAGGGAGAGGUCGAUCCUGAAGUUGGCCCUUUCUACCUCCAGCGUAUUGCGUUCAGUAUAGUUUCGCUAGGGGGCUAUGAGGACCCGGACCAGCACACUGUGGGAGAAAAUAUCUGGAUACAAUCCACACACUGUCAGCAGAAGGACAUAUGGUACCACUUGGGGAAACCUUCCGUAGCUUACAAACCAUAUCACCAUUUCUUUAGCUGGUUAGCUGAUCUAGCUAAGCAUUUUGUCGACUAUCUCCACGCGAAUAAAGAGAGGGAUGUCGCCCUGAACCACUUCAAGGAGGAUUUUCACGACUGGCUACUUAGCUGCCACGGUGAGAAUCCGGAUUUUAUUGCCUGGUUAGCAGAAUAUGGCUCCCGCGACUUUCGACAUGCUGUGAAUGCACAUGGCAGGUUCCUGCGAGGACAGGCUUUUACCAUUGAUUUUUCCUCUUACUGCCGCCAUACUCUCUGGGAUGAACUAGGACUUUCAGAAAACCCGAUUAUUACACCGCAACCUACGGUAGUGAAAAACACCGUCGUCACCCCCUUUGUAUACGAAUGUUUUAAGCAAAUGCCUUGGUCCUCCCAUCUGCAGAAAGUUGAAUUGGCUCCCGAAGUUAGAACUCAACACAAGGAGAUGGUGAGGCGACAGAGUGCGCUUCUUGAGACGAAAAGAAAAACCAGUGCUGCUGGUGAUAUUUCCGUUGGGGAUGUUGUUGCGUUAAGAAAGGAAGAUGAAUCCAUCUGGAAAGGCAAGGAAGAGUACUGGUAUGCUCUUGUUCAGGGGUUUGAUCCCAAUAAGCGUCGCGAUCUUCGGUUGAUUUGGCUGUAUCGUCCAAGUGAUACCGUAUGUGCCAACAUGACAUACCCCUACAGCAAUGAACUGUUCUUGAGUGACCAUUGCAAUUGUCAUGAAGGAAAAACACUGGUUCAGGACGUGGUAAAAAAGGUUCCUGUUGAAUUUUUCUCUUUCAACGAAGACCGUGAUAAUUCGACCCUUUUUGUACGACAGACCUACGAAACGAAAGAUGAAACGUUUAGAACCUUGCGUGAAAGUGAUUUCAGCUGUCGUUGUGGGUUUCCUAAAACGCCUACUCAGAAAUUUAAAGCUGGUGAUACUGUGCUGGCACAGUUCGCGAACAAACUCCAGCCUGCAGAGGUUAUCAAUAUAGGACCCGAUGAAGCUACUCUGCGAGUUUUUCCCUACCGCCAGGACCUUGGGGAGACAAACUGUCGUCCUAAUGAACUCAUUUACUGUGAUGAUUAUCGGACUGUUCUAAUAAGCCGUAUUGAAAGGCAUUGCCAUAUUCGCGUCUUCAAACCAGUUCAUGUACCAAAUAUCCCAUGUCCUUAUAAUAGAGACGGGACUGGUGAUGCAUUCUACAUCAUUUAUAAAAAGGAUGGCGAGAAUUUGACCGUUAUGAAUUCCCCUCCAAAUUUUAAGGAAGGAUUCGACCCCUCAACCUCUUCUCUGCAUAAGUUAAAGGCCCUCAAUCUCUUUAGUGGCGGAGGGACAUUUGAUCGAGGACUUGAAGAAGGAGGAGCGGUCGAAAGCAAGUGGGCAGUGGAAUGGGGCGUUCAACAGAUGCUUACUUAUAGGGCUAAUCACCCUGACGGUAAGGGGCUAAAGCUAUUUUGCGGCUCUGUCAACGAUUAUCUGCUCCAGGCUAUUACGGGAAAGGAGAAUAUAUACGUUGCCAAAAUAGGAGAUGCUCAUUUCAUUUCUGCAGGCAGCCCCUGCCAGGGUUACUCUAGUGCCAAUGCCUACAAAGAUAAUGAGGUGUCAAUGCGGAAUUCAUCUAUGAUCGCAUCUGUGGCAAGCUAUAUCGACCUCUACCGGCCUCAGUACGCGAUACUCGAAAAUGUGACUGGCAUGGCUAGCCGGACACAUGUACAAAACCCUCUUUCUCAGCUUUUAUGUACCUUUGUCGGUAUGGGAUAUCAGGCUCGUGUUUUCAAUUUAGAUGCAUGGAGCUUCGGUGCGCCCCAAAGUAGGUCUAGACUUUUCAUCGCGAUCACAGCUCCAGGCCUUCAUGUCCUAGAGCAUCCUGCUUUAACCCAUUCACAUCCCCCGGGAACUAAAUCUCGUGCUCUUGGUGAUAACCCUAAUGGCUCGACUUUUGGUGAAAGGCGCUGGGACACUCCUGUUUUCGAGUUUGUAUCUGCACACUCGGCCACUCAAGACCUGCCUUCUAUUGAUACUGCACGAAUAAUGUCCAUACCCUGGCCGGAUCACCGCCCUUCCCGAGUCGAAUCCGAGGAGAAACAGACGUUAAUCCAGAAUAUCCCCAAGUAUCCUAGGGCGCAAGGGUUGAUUGGAGCCAUAGCAAGGGGUUGGGUUGACCCUCUGGAACACUCUGCACGGAUGAAAGCUGCUACCUCUAAAGCCUGGUCCCGAAUCCAUCCUGAGAAGCUAUUUCCAACAGUUACAACUGGUGUCUGUCCCUUCUGUAUAUUCACGGGCAGUUGGCUCCAUUGGCAGGAAGAUCGCUUGGUGACAGUUCAAGAAGUGAGGCGUGCCCAGGGGUAUCCAGACAACGAAGUUCUUAUUGGCAGUCCUGUUCAACAGUGGAAAAUCGUUGGAAAUAGCGUAGCAAGACAGGUUGCCCUUGCGCUUGGUCUUGUAGUCAGAGAGGCAUGCAUCCGCAAUCAAUACGGACGGUCAGCUCAAAUUUUAGCCGCGAAUACUACAACCAUGUCAGAAGAACCGAAAGGCCAACCCCCCUCAACUCCCAAAAGCUCAGCAGCUCCACUACCUACUAAGCGAUGUAGUGACAUUGCAGUUGUGGUAUCGUCACGCAAAUCAGACAUUGAAUCUACGAAACGGCAAAAGUUGUCACCCUGA